AGGACGUGCGCGACAUGCUGCGGGGCGGGGGCGAGCUGCUCGCGCAGUUGCUCGAGCUGCGGGGCGGCAUCGCCGAGGCGGAGCGCCCCGAGGAGGCGGGCUCCGGCCUGCCCGCCUCGCGGCGCGCCGCCACCGACCCGGAGGCGGUGCGACGCCGCCUGCGCGUGCUGGACCGUGAGGUGCGCCGCCGCCGUGGCAAGAUCCCCGCGGUGCCGAGCGAGGCCGGCGGCUCCCCGACGGCGACGGCCCCGGUGCAGCACCAGCGCUCCCUGGAGAGCCAACAGGUGCAGCACCAGGGCUCCCUGGAGAGCACGGUGUCCCGGCAGCCGAGCGGCCAGGAGGCCGGGCACGAAGUCGGGCGGCUGCACACCGGGGGAAGCACCGCGGUCAGCUCGCUGCACACUGUGGGCACGGCGAGCUCGAUAAACGACGACGUCAUGGCCGUCGUGGUCGCGUUCGCCGAGUUCGUGCCGCCAGCGUCCAGCGACACGCAGAUGUUGUCGUUAAAGCCGGGCGACGUAAUCACCGCUCUGGGCCAGGAGGCGCAGGGCUGGUGGUACGGCAGAAAGGACGACGGCUCCGAGGGGUGGUUCCCGCCGUCGUACGUGAAGCUGAGGGAGGCCGCCAACGUGGCUCCGACCCUCUCCGCCCACUCCGCCCAGUCGGGGGCACUGACGCUGGGGCCGUGAGGACCAGCCCAGCGGCGCGCCUGUCCUGAGGGGUGG